AAAGAUAAGAAAACUCUUCUUUUCUUUUUCGACCCUUUUCUCAACUUAGGAGCUGAGCCAAAAUUGAACUUGCCUAAUCCUCUGAGGAGCUAUGCGAGCAAAUAGCCAAGAUUAUAGGAAAUUGGCUGGUCAUGACAGACAGACAGGGAAAAGAAAAAGAAAAAAACCAUCCUUUGCUUGUAUGGAUGCCAAAAAAAUCUCUGUGAAAAAUGGCAAUCCUUCUCCUUCUCCUUUACCUUCUCCUCCGUGUCUUUCUUCAAUUCCACUCUCUUCAUCUACUCCCAUUUCUGCCCCCACCAUUACUUUGUCCUAUUGGCCAUCCUAACAUCAACCAUCCAUCACCACCGCCACCACUAUCAUCAUCAUGCCAUUCUCAAAAAUGGCAUGAAAGGUGAAUUCUUGAUUCUUUUCUACAACUUUUUUGUUCGUGUAAUUUUGUUUUUUGUUUGUUAAUGUUGUUACACUGGAGAAAUAGAUGCCCCACUUUACCCUAAAUUUUCAAUUUUUCUUUUGUGAAACUAACCUUUUGAAGUGAAAAAGCAUAUGCAUAAAGAUCCCGUUAAUUGUGGCUGUUAAUUUCUAUAUCUCCAAAAGUUAGCUUCUGGGUAUCUCUGUAUUUAACCCAUCAUUGCAUUCCUUGACUCUGUCUCUAUCAAAAAAUGAAGAUGAUGGGAGUUGUAUAAUAGGUUGAUGAGGAUGAAGUUUACUGGAGAUCAGAAAAGGGAAGUGAAGAGUUGGAAUGGUCUUACAGUUCCACUCACGUAAUUUCUCAGCUAACUCAAUGUUUUACUAAUGCUAUGAUCGGGCCACGAGCAUGGUUCGGAGGGAUCUUCAAUCGCUUAGGCAAUAAAAAUGAGAAAUUUCUUGACAACCCUUUGACUCCUUUUCAGGAACAAAGACUUAAAAAGCUUCAAGAGCGAUUGCAAGUUCCAUUUGAUGAGACUCGUCCUGAUCAUCAAGAAGCUCUUUUAUCAUUGUGGAAUUGUGCCUUUCCAGAUGUUACUCUGAAAGGCAUGAUCUCUAACCAAUGGAAGGAGAUGGGAUGGCAAGGUGCUAAUCCGUCAACUGACUUUAGGGGCUGUGGCUUCAUUUCUCUUGAAAACUUGCUGUUUUUUGCCAGGACUUAUCCGGUAUCUUUUCGUAGGUUAUUGUUCAAGCAGGGUGGCAAGCGAGCAACUUGGGAAUAUCCAUUUGCUGUUGCUGGCAUUAAUGUUUCAUUUAUGUUGAUCCAGAUGUUAGAUUUACAAUCAGAAAAACCAAAAAAUCUUCCAGGAAUCAAUUUUCUUAAAUUACUGGGAGAAGAUGAAUCUGCAUUUGAUGUAUUAUACUGUUUAGCUUUUGAACUGAUGGAUGCACAAUGGCUUGCCAUGCAUGCAUCUUAUAUGGAGUUUAACGAGGUCUUAAAAGUAACAAGGACACAAUUGGAGAGGGAGCUGUCUUUAGACGAUGUUCAUAGAAUAAAAGAUUUGCCAGCAUAUAAUCUGUUGUAUCAGUAG